AUGAAAUUUGACAGAAUUAAUGAGGUAUUUUAUAUUAUUCGCUGGAAGUGAAUCAGACUUGGUGAUAUUUAAUGAGAACGAAUGUGAGUUGAUAAAAAAAUGUUACGAAAGUUUAUGGGAACUGAAAAAUCGAUAAUUCUAGGAAUAUCAUGACCAUGGCUUGCCACCACCUGAACGGGACUUCGGUAGACCGCCAUACGACGAUCCCCGGGACCAUAUAGUGGACUACCAUCAUGCUGAGCCUGCGUAUGCAGACGAUAGAUAUCCCCCUCCUAGAGAAUACGACAGAUACCCUGAUGAUGCGCACUAUCUAGAAAGAGGAAGAUACCCGGAUGAAAGGCCUUAUCCAGAAGAAGAGCGGUAUCCUGAUAGAGGGAGGUAAUUAUAAAGAACACAAGCAUUUCUUGAUUUGUAGAAGAAAUUUAGGCUGGACGAACUAUGGGAUGUGUGCUAAUCAUCCUUACUUGCAGCUGAGAGCUAAGCUGAAUUGCGAAGGACGCAGCUCAACGUGACUCAUGUCUGAUCACGAGCACAGCCGCGGUGUACAUUCAUAAAUUAUGUACAACUUGUGGUACAACACUGCCGUGUAUGCUUUAUACAUUACCUGUGAACCAAAUCAUUAAUUAAGACUUGUUUUUAUGAAAUGAAGGUACCCCGAUGAAGCUAGAUACCCGGAAGAUGCAAGAUACCCACAAGAUGGAGGGUACCCAGAUGAUGGAAGAUACCCGGAUGAUGGAAGAUACCCGGAUGAUGGAAGAUACCCGGAUGAAGAGAGGCGACCAAUCAGAGAGCGGUACGAUGAGCCGUACUACGAACAUGAUCGGGUAUAUCAUGAUCCGGACACUGAGCAUUUACGUCGACAACAUGAACGUGACUUGUGGGAAAGAGAUGUGGAUCGAACGCUCGACAGUGAUCCCUACUUAUCAGAACGAGAAUAUCGAGAUCGUGAAAUGUAUAGGAGAGAAGGUAUGGUAUGCCUUACGGCUAAAACACUGACGGAAUGA